GCCAGCCCUGCGGGGGCCGCUCAACGUUGGGCCGACGGGGCCUUGUGCGGGGAGGGAGGUGGGCGGGAGUUGGGGCUUCGUGGGACAGGCUGACGGCAGUCCACUUCGGUGAACCCAUCGGCGAAUGGGCACGAUGCCGCGAGGUCAGGCUCGGGUGUUUGAGGAUGUGGGGGAGGGCGAGAACCGCAAGGCGCAGAAGAAAUCCUGCGUGUACAAGUACAUCCGCGUGGGACAGAGUCUCGGCGAGAGAUUCCGUGGCAAUCGCAUGUUGAAGUGCGUUUUUUGCGGCCACCAGUUCCAGGGCAAACAGUUCGUCGCGGGGCGCCAUUUUCGGCAGGGCAAGGGAUGUCCGGAAGUGACCGACGAGGCACUUGUCGACAUUCACUUCAACAACGACUACAAGAUGUCCGAGAAGCUCCUAGAGCGGAUCCAGCGGUUUGAGGAGCUUCACGGUGUGGAUACGGAUGAGGCGGGUCCGUCUACGGGAAAGAGGAAGGAGAGAGAGGAGGGGACGCGACCGACGGCAGCACAGAAGAGGCUGAGGCAGAACACCAUCACAGAGUCAUUCUCUUCAAAGUGGCAGAUGAAGUUCAAGAAGAGGUGGCCGUGGUUGGACGUCGUUCGGCACUUCAGGGAAUGGCCAGGGCCAGUGAAGGUUUUGUGGCCUUCAGAGAACGAGAUUGUGGACAUAGAGACCAUUGUCCACACAGCGGACGAUGUGGGAGCUGAUCUUGCGGAGGUCAAGGCUCCUUUCUAUGUCACGGGGGCCACCAUUAUAUUAGAUGGAAGGAAGUCAAGCGAUGCUAGACCCAUCGUUAACUUCCUUGCCGGCGGGUCGCGUGGGGUGAUGCUCGUCCGAACGAUGAACAUGCUCGUCCGGACGAUGAACAGGGAGGGUGAGCGGGAUCGGGCGCCUGAUGUGUUGGCGCGCUGGAUCAAGGUGUUUGAUGACUUCCCCCCUAAGUGGGUGAACGCCAUCUGCACCGACUCCGCCUCGGCGUACGUCGCCGCGACGAACAUGCUCCAGGGGCCUGAGCAGAGGCCAAAGCAUCAACGGAUCACGUGGCUCCCAUGCGCAGUGCAUGUCUGCAACAAGAUGUUGUCAGACAUUGGCUGUUCGGGCACGUGGUCCAAGGACAUCAUCGUGAGGGGGAGAGCGGUGGUGCGCUUCAUCAAGGAGCACGGCGCCACUCUCCAUAUCGUCCGGGGGGAGAGCAGAUAGAUGGGCCUCAUUUAUCCGUGCGAGACACGUUUCGCAUCCGUGUU